AUGGAUGCUUUCACAAUUUCAGAGCCAAAGCAAAGUACACUCAAUUCUCAAUGGAAAAAAGAAGAAAGGAAGGAGGUUUGCAGGAAAAUUGCAAGGUUUUGUUUUUCCAAGGCAUUGCCUUUUAACGUUGUCAAUGAUCCUUAUUGGGUACCUAUGUUUGAGAGUGUUGCUAACUUUGGCCCUGGGUUUAAGCCACCUUCAAUGCAUGAGAUGAGGACAUGGUUGCUAAAAGAAGAGGUCGAGGAUAUAAACAAGCUUAAGGAGCAACAUAUGAAGGCAUGUGAAAAAUAUGGGUGCUCUAUAAUGUCUGAUGGUUGGUCGAAUGGGAAAAAUAGAUGUUUAAUCAAUUUUCUCGUGAACAGCCCAGCUGGGACUUGGUUUUUGAAAUCAGUGGAUGCUUCUGAUUCUAUUAAGAGUGGAGAUUUGAUGUUUAGAUUACUUGAUCAAGUUGUUGAGGAAGUUGGUGAAGAUAAUGUUGUGCAAAUUCUUACUGAUAAUGAUAGCAAUUAUGUGUAUGCUGGAAAGAAGCUUAUGGAGAAGAGAGUGACGUUAUACUGGACCCCUUGUGCUACUCAUUGUAUUGAUUUGAUGUUGGAGGACAUUUCAAAGAUAAAGGUGUUUGAGAAGACAAUUAAGAGUGCGAAGAAUGUUGUCAAAUAUAUUUAUGGACAUUCUUGGGUGUUAGCAUUGAUGAGGUUUCAUACAAAAAAUCAAGAAAUCAUUCGUCCAGCAGUAACUCGAUUUGCCACCUCAUUUCUUACUCUACAGAGCUUGUAUAAGCAAAAACAACCUUUAAUGACUUUGUUCUCUUCAGAGAAGUGGGCUUCUAGUACUUAG